UAAGAUGUUGGAUAAGACGCAGAGCAACAAUAGUAAGAACUAUAUGGAGGAACGCUGCUCCUACUUGUCUAAAUUCUGUAGUUCCAGCGCUGAGGUCUACCUUAUCGGAGAGUUCCUGAACCCAAAAGCUCACUAUGUGAAAAUAGCUAGAUUCCUACCUAAGAUUGAGACGAUCAGAAAACACAGCCUCACUGCUAGGCGCCUCUUUAUUCGUGGGAGUAACGGUAAAGUAUACCCUUAUCUGAUGGUUAACACCUCAUCUCACGUCAAACUGGCCAGAUCUGAAGAGAGGUUCUUACAACUGUUAAGAAUGUUCAACAAGUCCCUACUCCAGAGAAAAGAGUCCUGUCGCAGGAAUUUACAAUGGAGUGUGCCUAAAGUAGUAGCUUCAGCGCCCGGGUCCAGGCUUAUAGAGGACAACACCAGCAACAUAUCGGUUCUGGAAAUAUACAGGUGGUAUUGCAAGAACAGGUCCCCAGAAAUGGAGGUAGACGCCCCUAUUGCUUACUAUUACGAACAGCUCGGUCGAAUGCAGAACGAGGGAUCAGUGCUAAACCGUAUUGCUCUGAACAAAAUAUACCACUUUAUACAGACAAACAUUCUUCCUCCCACUGUACUCCUAGUUGCCCUAAUUAACUAA